AUAGGAUUGUGGGUACCAUGUGAAAUAGCAAAAUGGCGGACUCAGAAGAGGCAGAGUUAACUCCCGCAGAAGAUAUCGUCGUCACCAAGUACAAAAUGGGCGGCGAUAUGGUCAAUGAAAUAUUGAAGCAGGUGAUCACCAAAUGUCUCGCAGGAGCCUCUGUUCUGGAAAUCUGCGAGUAUGGGGACAAGCAACUUAUUGAAGAAACAAGCAAGGUUUUCAAGAAGAUGAAAGAAAUGAAAAAAGGUCUUGCCUUCCCAACUUGUGUUUCCGUCAACAACUGUAUAUGCCAUUUCUCCCCACUGAAGUCUGAACCUGAUGUCAUUCUCAAGGAUGGAGACCUAGUCAAGAUUGACCUUGGGGCUCAGAUUGACGGCUUUAUUGCAGUAGUAGCACACUCGUUGGUCAUUGGUGCAAGCGCUGAGAAUAAGGUGAAGGGGAGAAAAGCUGAUGUGAUGAUGGCAGCACACCUAGCCAGCGAGGCAGCCCUUCGUCUUGUGAAACCAGGCAAUGAGAACUACAAUGUAACAGACAACAUUCAGAAAGUUGCGGAGUCCUUCAAGUGCAAACCCAUUGAAGGCAUGUUGUCUCAUCAACUCAAGAGACACGUUAUUGAUGGUGAAAAAGCUUUUAUACAGAACCCCACAGAAGCUCAAAGGAAAGAGCAUGAAAAGUGUGAAUUUGAAGUCUAUGAAGUGUAUGCUAUUGAUGUCUUAAUCAGCACAGGUGAAGGAAAGGGCAGGGAGUCCGACACAAGGACAACAGUGUAUAAGAAGAAAGAUAUUGUUUAUCAACUGAAGAUGAAAGCAUCAAGGCAAUUCCUCAGCGAAACUGACAAGAAGUUUGGAUUGAUGCCUUUCACGCUAAGGUUAUUUGAGGAUGAAAAGAAAGCCAAGAUGGGUAUCGUUGAGUGUGUGAAACACGAUCUCAUGCAGCCUUUCAGUGUGCUAUACGAGAGGGAAGGUGAAUGUGUAGCCCAGUUCAAGUUCACAGUGAUUUUGAUGCCAAAUGGACCAUUGAAGAUCACAGGUUUACCACUCGACGCUGAUGCAUAUGAGACAGAACACAGCAUUGAAGACGAAGAGCUCAAGACUCUUCUGGCUGCGUCGGCCUCCAGGAAAAGUGCUAAGCGGAAGAAGAAGAAGGUGGAGAAGGCAAUCGCAGAAAACAUGGAUGCUCCGCCAGCUCCAGCUGACUGAGUGUGACCUCGACAUUGUAGCCACAAUACCGGAAUACAUGGCAACCUUGAUGUUGCUUGAUGCUCAAGGCUGGAUCAGCCAAGGGUUAGCAAGUCAUCAAAAUGGACGUCAAAAGUUGAAUAUCUUUUCUAUGGAGUGGGGGUUUCUUGUCUACAUAUGUAAUGAAUGGUGAAGCUUUUCAAAGAUGGAUUUAAUUCUUUCAUUCAGAGACAUGUAGAAAUUUUGUUGACUGUCUUCUGAUUUUGAAAGUAUUGGGCUUCUGCGAAAUUCUGAAAAAAUGUCAUUUGUCUGAACCAUUAGAUGCGCCUUUGAGAAGUAAGUCCUAUGAUUUGUGAAGGGAUGCCACAUGGUUAUGGUGGAUGGUAUAGGAUUUAUCAGAUAGUUGAUGAAUAUGAUUCAGUACCAUAAGGGACCAGUUCAAAUGUUCAGUGUUGGUUAAAAAAACUGAAUUCCUUUAGUUUUGAGACUUACUUAAAAUGUUGAAUUCCUUGAUAUACUAAAAAAUAUACUGCCAUGAAGAAUAUAUGACAAGUUAAGUUCUGUACUAUUCAGGGUGCCAUUGCACAAAGUGAUCUUAGCGCUAAGGUGAUCGUAGCUCCCCUCCUCUAUCAUAGACUUACGACAGUCGUAGCACUAUGGCUUCUUUGCACAUCGGCACGUAAUACUAUUUGUUAUACUUAUUGUUAUACUACUUGUUAUGGUAAUACUGCUUGUGCCGUGAUGGCGACAGAAACCCUACCUCGUGUGUAUUUAAUGUAGUUAAUGACAACUUCUAACGGCAUAUGCCUGUCAAAUCCUCUUGUGUUACAGCCUAAAUUAUCAAUUUAGCGAAAAUCACAAAGCAGUGUUAACUGUUACUCUCAAGUUGCCUUGGAAAUGAUAACAGUCUCUUAACAGUAGAAAUAGGAUUGUUGAAAAAUAUGGUGUGAGUUUUGCCUAAGUGAAAAUGCUGGAAAAUAGGGAAAACUUGCAGGACCAAUAACUAUCACUCCCCACCCCAAAACUUUUGGGAUUAAAUUUUUUAUCCAACAUCAAACUUUUGAACUGGUCCCUGAAGUUCUUUGAUUGUACAGUUCUCUUAAGGUUUAAAUUGUUAUGUAAUACCCAUGUGAACAUGUUUCGGUAUAGCUGUUGUUUCUCACAACACCAAAAUGUACGUUUGAAGUUGGGGCCAUGCUUUACACUGGAAUUCAUUGUAUCGUGUACCUCUUCUCCCCAUCCUACUAUUGUACGUAACAUUUUGAUGGAAUUGGUCAAGACGAUUGUUGUAUUAUUCAGGAAACCAUUGUUAGUGUGAUGACAAAUCUAUUUGUGAUGAAACCGGCUGAUGUUCAUGCACUACUGGGUUGAUGUUACAAAAUUAAAAUGGGCCAACAAUUCUCCAACUGAUGUUUACUAUUUUUUAUCGUAUGUCAAAAUGGUUUACUUUUCCAAACAUUUCACGUUCAAGUAAAAGAUGACUGGGAACCGAAGCAUGCCAUCUCCAUGAGUUGUUUUUGUAAAUAUAUCGACAGCUAAUGUAUUUCGAGGACUUGUGUAGAUUUCAGAAUGACAGCUUGAAAGUGCUAUUUAUUGUUAACCAUCCAAAACUUUUGAUUAAGCAAGUGCCCCUCCAAAUUUUUUACCCUUUUGUUGGAGAACUUGAUUUUGAGAAGAAAAAAAUAAAAACCAAACCAAACCAAAAA